AUGGCCGACCACACCCACUUCGAGACUCUCCAGCUGCACGCCGGCCAGGAGCCGGACCCAACCACCAACUCCCGCGCGGUGCCCAUCUACGCCACCACCUCGUACACUUUCAAUGACUCCGCCCACGGUGCGAGGCUCUUUGGCCUCAAGGAGUUCGGCAACAUCUACAGCCGCAUCAUGAACCCCACCGUCGACGUUUUCGAGAAGCGCAUUGCCGCUCUCGAGGGGGGCGUUGCCGCCGUCGCCGCCUCGUCCGGCCAGGCGGCCCAGUUCAUGGCCAUCGCGGCUCUGGCUCACGCCGGGGACAACAUUGUGUCCACCUCCAACCUGUACGGUGGCACCUACAACCAGUUCAAGGUCAUGCUCCCACGACUGGGCAUCAAGACCAAGUUCAUCAACGGGGAAAACCCCGCCGACAUCGCUGCGGCCAUUGACGACCGCACCAAGGCCGUCUAUGUCGAGACCAUUGGCAACCCCCGGUACAACGUGCCGGAUUUCGAGGCCAUUGCCAAGGUGGCCCACGAGAAGGGGGUGCCUCUGGUGGUGGACAACACCUUUGGUGCUGGGGGUUACUUCUGCCGCCCUAUCGAGCACGGCGCCGACAUCGUGGUCCACAGUGCAACCAAGUGGAUUGGCGGCCACGGCACCACGAUCGGUGGCGUGGUGAUCGACAGCGGCAAGUUUGACUGGGGCAAGAAUGCUGCUCGGUUCCCGCAGUUCGUGGAGCCAUCCGAGGGCUAUCACGGCCUGAAGUUCUGGGAGACCUUCGGCGCAAUUGCAUUUGCCAUCCGCGUGCGCGUGGAGAUCCUGCGUGAUUUGGGCUCGGCUCUGAACCCGUUCGCGGCCCAGCAGCUGAUUCUGGGCAUGGAGACGCUGAGUCUGCGUGCCGAGCGCCACGCGAGCAAUGCCAUCGCCUUGGCGAAGUGGCUGCAGAAGAGCGACUAUGUGAACUGGGUCUCGUACCCCGGUCUGGAGGACCACCCGUCGCACGAGACGGCGAAGAAGUACCUGAAGCGUGGCUUCGGUGGUGUGUUGUCUGUGGGUAUCAAGGGCGGUGCUGCGGCCGGCAGCCAGGUGGUUGAUGGCUUCAAGCUGAUCUCCAACCUUGCCAAUGUUGGCGACUCCAAGACCCUCGCCAUCCACCCGUGGUCCACUACUCACGAGCAGCUCACUGAGCAGGAGCGCGCCGACUCGGGCGUGACGGACGAUGCGAUCCGCAUUUCGGUAGGCACGGAGCACAUCGACGAUAUCAUCGCCGAUUUCGAGCAGUCGUUUAAGGCAUCGCAGGCUGCGGUGCCGGACCGCACUAAAUAA